AGCCCGCGAGUGCGCGCAGGUAGCGUGCGGGUGAGCCUGGGCGGCCGGGCAGGCGUGCAGGUGAGCCCGAGAGGGGCCGUGGGCGCUCGCAAGUGAGCGAGGAGGGCAGGGAAGACGCUCAGGAGCAGAAAAGUCCCUGCCCCACUGUCUGGCUGAGAUGUGGCCCCUUCUUCCUUUCCUACGGGAGAAGAGAACACCCACCCUCAGACCAGGGUGCUCGGUUCCAGGACCUCCUCCGGGGGUUGAGUCGGCUCCAGCAGGCCUGUCAGGCCAUCGCAUCGGCACUUGGAGAUUAGGAGGAACAGGUCUAAGACAGGACUCCCUUCUGCCUUGAGCACCCCUGCCAGGAGUCAGAGGCCACGAUGGCUUCCAGAUCCCAGCCCAGCACUCCCAAGGCCAAGAGCCUGGAUGGCAUCGCCAACGGCAAGACCUCCUCAGAAGGGCAGUGGGGCCGCGCCUGGGAGGUGGACUGGUUCUCGCUGGCCAGCGUGGUCCUGCUGCUGCUCUUCGCCCCCUUCAUCGUGUACUACUUCAUCAUGGCCUGCGACCAGUUCGACUGCUCCCUCUCGGCGCCCGCCCUGGACCUGGCCUCCGGCCGCACCCGCCUGGCCGACAUCUGGGCCCGGACGCCGGGGCUCACGUGGGAGGCCGCCCGGCUCUACGCCCUGUGGGUCUCCUUCCAGGUGCUGCUAUAUAUAGCGCUCCCCGACAUCUGCCACAAGUUCCUGCCCAGCUACGUGGGGGGUGUGCAGGAGGGGGCUGUGACCCCUGCAGGGGUCGUGAACAAGUACGAGAUCAACGGGCUGCAGGCCUGGCUCAUCACGCACCUGCUGUGGUUCGCCAACUGCCACCUGCUAGGCUGGUUCCGCCCCACCAUCAUCUUCGACAACUGGAUCCCUCUGCUGUGGUGCGCCAACAUCCUGGGCUACGCCGUGUCCACCUUCGCCAUGGUCAAGGGCUACCUCUUCCCCUCCAACACCAGAGACUGCAAGUUCACGGGCAACUUUUUCUACAACUACAUGAUGGGCGUGGAGUUCAACCCGCGCAUCGGCAAGUGGUUUGACUUCAAGCUCUUCUUCAACGGCCGCCCCGGCAUCGUGGCCUGGACACUCAUCAACCUGUCGUUCGCGGCCAAGCAGCAGGAGCUGUACGGCCACAUCACCAACUCCAUGAUCCUCGUCAACUUGCUGCAGGCCAUCUACGUGGUAGACUUCUUCUGGAACGAGACCUGGUACCUGAAAACCAUCGAUAUCUGUCACGACCACUUUGGCUGGUACCUGGGCUGGGGGGACUGCGUGUGGCUGCCCUACCUCUACACGCUGCAGGGCCUGUACCUGGUGUACCACCCAGUGCAGCUGUCCCCACUCCACGCGGCGGCCGUGCUGCUGCUGGGCCUGCUGGGCUACUACGUGUUCCGCGUGGCCAACCACCAGAAGGACCUGUUCCGCCGCACGGACGGCCGCUGCCUCAUCUGGGGCCGCCGGCCGCGGGCCAUCGAGUGCUCCUACACAUCGGCCGACGGGCAGCGCCACCGCAGCAAGCUGCUGGUGUCGGGCUUCUGGGGCCUGGCGCGCCACCUCAACUACACGGGCGACCUGCUGGGCAGCCUGGCCUACUGCCUGGCCUGCGGCGGCGCCCACCUGCUGCCUUACUUCUACGUGCUCUACAUGACCGUGCUGCUCACCCACCGCUGCCUGCGCGACGAGCACCGCUGUGCCGCCAAGUACGGCCGCGACUGGGCGCGCUACACGGCCGCCGUGCCCUCCCGCCUGCUGCCCGGCCUCUUCUGACGGGGCCCUGGAACCCUGGACCACCUGCUGCCUGGCCUCUUCUGAGGGGGCCCCAAGACUGUCAAACCACCCCCAGGUCCCCUUGACAACCAGGCCUACCGGCCUGCUGCCCAGUCUCCUCUGAGGGGACCCCAGACUCCCCAGCCCCCCAUCCCCCUGAACGCCUGCUGCUUGGCUUUUUUUGAGGGGACCCCAAGACCCUCAACCCCUCCCACAGGCCCCCCAAUAGCCAGUCCUGCCAGCCUGCUGCCCGGUCUCCUCUGAGGGGACCCCAGACUCCCCAGCCCCACCUGUUGCCUGGCCUUUUCUGAGGGGACCCCAAAACCCUGGACACCGCCCCCCAGGUCCCCUGACAGCUG